UUAGCUCCCCCCCCCCCCCCAAUUUAGUUUCUUUAUUAACAAAGGAUUUUGAUAAACCCAUUUGUGGUUUUUCCUCUUUUGAUCCGACUUCCACGAGCCUGACAAAUUGUUACUGCUCUCCCAGAUAUACAGAACAAGUAAAAAGCAUGUGAUGCUUAUAUGAUUCAGUGGAAAUUGCUUUUCAACAUGCUUUCUUCAAUUGUUAAAAUGGGAUGGGGAAGCUUUUGCACUGAAAGCAGUUGCUAAACUAAGGUACAAGAACUUGCCAAAUGUUUAUAGGCUGUUAAAUCAUGAGGUCAGUUCUAUUCAUAUGCACAUUUGAAGUUACACUUUAAAGUAUUUAUUGCUUUUGUACAGGCUGGGGUUGUUCCAGAUUGCCUUUAAUGCACACAACUACCUCCCAGAGGAAGACUUGUCCCAUUUUUCCCAAAACAGUCCAUUAUGAACAUAGUGGAAGAUAGCCCUUUCUUGGCUAGCAUCAUGAGGCAGAGUGCUCUGUGUGAUGAGCUGAAGUAUGACCUGUCCUGUGAGCUCUACAGAAUGUCAACGUUCUCGACCUUUCCCACGAACACGCCGGUGUCAGAGCGCAGCCUUGCCCGGGCUGGGUUUUAUUACACGGGUGUGCAAGAUAAAGUGAAGUGCUUCAGUUGUGGCUUGACAUUGGAUAACUGGCAGCCAGGAGAUAAUGCUAUGGAAAAACAUAAGCAGCUGUAUCCUAGCUGCAAUUUUGUUCAAAGAAUGCUUUCAGUUAACAACGUUGGACUGUCAUCUCGUUCUGCCUUUUCACACUCAAACAGUCUCCCACCGUCUCUACAUUCCAUAGGACUUUCUCCAAGUUUAGAACAGGUUGGAUAUUUCAGUGGCUCGUUUUCCAGUUUUCCUCAAGACCCAGUAACUACUAGGGCAGCUGAAGACCUUCCAUUCUUAAGCCCUAAGCUUCACAAUCAUUCUAUGAGGACAGAAGAUGCUAGGCUACGCACCUUUCAGUCAUGGCCACUGACGUUUCUCUCACCCACUGAUCUGGCAAAGGCUGGACUUUAUUACCUGGGGACAGCAGACAAAGUUGCUUGUUUUACCUGUGGUGGUCAGCUUUGUAAUUGGGAACCAAAAGAUAAUGCUAUGUCAGAGCAUCGGAGACACUAUCCCAACUGCCGUUUUGUGGAAAACCUUAUCCGAGAGCAACAGAGUUUCAAUGUUUCAAAUGUGAGCAUGCAAACCCAUGAAGCACGUGUUAAAACAUUCGUAAAUUGGCCAACCAGAAUUCCAGUUCAGCCUGAACAGCUUGCAGAUGCUGGCUUUUACUAUGUAGGUCGCAAUGAUGAUGUGAAGUGUUUUUGCUGUGAUGGCGGGCUAAGGUGCUGGGAAUCUGGAGAUGAUCCAUGGAUUGAGCAUGCAAAGUGGUUUCCAAGGUGUGAAUAUCUGCUUCGUAUAAAAGGAAGAGAGUUUAUAAAUCAAAUUCAGGCCAGAUUCCCCCAUCUCCUUGAACAGCUCUUGUCAACCUCUGAUCCACCUGUAGAUGAAAACCUUGAUCCUCCAAUUAUUUGUUUUGAACCUGGAGAGAGCCAUUCAGAAGAUGCAAUCAUGAUGAACACACCUGUGGUUAAAGCUACCUUGGAGAUGGGAUUCAGUAGAAGGCUAAUAAAGCAAACAGUGCAAAGUAAAAUCUUGGCCACUGGAGAAAACUACAAGACUGUUAAUGAUCUUGUGUCUGAUCUGCUCACGGCUGAAGAUGAGAAGAUUGAAGAGAAAGAAAAGCAGUUGGAAGAAGUGGCAUCAGAUGAUUUGUACUUGAUCCAGAAGAAUCGAAUGGCUUUAUUCCAACGUUUAACAUGUGUACUCCCAAUCCUCGGCAGUUUACUAUCAGCUAAAGUGAUAACAGAACUUGAGCAUGAUGUUAUUAAGCAGAAGACUCAGAUACCAUUGCAGGCAAGGGAACUGAUAGAUACAAUUUUAGUGAAAGGAAAUGAAGCAGCCAGCAUCUUCAGGAACUGUCUACGAGAUUGUGACCCUGUGCUCUACAAGGAUUUAUUUGUGGAGAAGACCAUCAAGUAUGUUCCCACAGAAGAUGUUUCAGGUUUACCUAUGGAAGAACAAUUAAGAAGAUUGCAAGAGGAAAGAACGUGUAAAGUUUGCAUGGACAAAGAAGUUUCUAUUGUUUUUAUUCCAUGUGGUCACUUAGUGGUGUGCAAAGAAUGUGCACCAUCCCUUAGGAAAUGCCCUAUUUGCAGGGGGACAAUAAAGGGUACAGUCCGGACAUUUCUUUCGUAAAGAGGGAAAUUUGCAAAAUGUCUUUGUUCUGCCAUCCUCCAGCUGCUGAGGCUUAACAUAGCAGUAUCUUAAGAAUGGAAAACUGGGGUACAGAAGAGGACUAAUCAACUACCUAACAAAGUUUUGUGAUAGUAAAGUGUAUCCUCAUUACGAUGUGUGUAUGAUUAUGUAUAGAAGGCCUUCAGUGCCAAAGAUUCUCUGUUUAUAAAACUAACUCGAUAUUAGGGUGAGGUUUUUGUGGCGUUCCUUUCUGAGCAGGGAAAAUAGUUUCACUUGCGUCACUUUUAUUCAAAGAAGUUUUUUGUUAAGUUGCUAAAACGGAGUUUGGCAUAACUCUUCUUAAGAGUUUCCUCCAUGUGGAUGUGAGGAAAUAUACUAAAAUUGCUAUUAUUAAUAGUUAAUGUUAAUUAACUUAAGCUACUUCUGCUUUAGCUUUCUUCUCGACUUAAGGAGAAAAGAGGCUAACUGUUGCAGGAAGAGCAGGACUUCUAAAGUUUUUUUCAUGUCUUGAUACUUGUAAUGUAUAGUAAUGUAUAUUACUAAUAGUUUUUAUGAAGACUGAAUUAAAAUAUUUCUACUUCUCAAA